GCCCAAAACGGACCGACCUCUCUUUGCUGCACUGCUUUACGCAUACACACAUUGAACAAAGAAUGACGACCGCUGUCGAGGACAAGAAGAAGGAGGAGGUCCCGAUCCAGGAGAUCGAGGAAGGUGAAUCGUCCAACGACGAGGAAGAGAAGGGCGAGGAUGUCGCCGCCGAGGGCGAGGACAAGCACAGCCGUGGCGAGAAGAAGGCCCGAAAGGCCAUCAGCAAGCUCGGCCUGAAGCACAUGCCCGAGGUCACCCGCGUUCAGAUCCGCAAGACCCGCGCUUUCGACCUGACCAUCGCCAAGCCCGACGUCUACCGCGCUCCCGGCUCGGACACUUACAUUGUCUUCGGCGCUGCCAAGAUGCAAGACUUUAACCAGCAGCAGAAGCAGUACGCCAACGCCGCCGAGCAGUUCAAGAACCUCAACCUCGGCAACGCUGCCGCCGAGUCGGCCGCCCCCGCCGCUGCCGCCGUUGAGGAUGGCCCCGUCGACGAGACUGGCGUCGACGCCAAGGACAUUGAGCUCAUCAUGUCCCAGGCACCCUCUGCCACCCGCGCCCAAGCCGUCGCCGCUCUCAAGAAGAGCAACAACGACAUUGUCAACGCCCUUCUGUCCCUCACCAACUAAGUGCUUUGUCCACCAUGCGAAUAGAGCCAAUGUUUUUUUUUUCUUUUGCGAUCUACCCCGCCCUCUUCUUCCUGUAUAUUUGGCAGCUCAA